AUGGCCGAAACAAUCAUGAGUUUCAAAUCAAUCCUCAUAGCCCUAAUCUCCUUAACACAAUGUGAAGCUUUCACCGUCGACCUAAUCCACCGAGACUCGCCUCACUCUCCGUACUACAAUCCGUCUCAAUCUCAUUAUCAGCGCCUCACGAGCGCGGUCCAAAGAUCGUUCAAUCGUUGCCAGCCGUGCAUCGAAUGCUUCAACCAAACCCUACCGAUAUUCAAACCUAAGAGUUCGUCCACGUACAAAACCAUCCCAUGCAGCGACCGCAAGUGCAAAUCGUUGUACGAGACUUCUUGCAGUAGGACUCGGAAAAACUGUCUCUACACCGAGACGUACGGCGACGGGUCAUUCACAAACGGCCUUCUUGCGACGGAAACCAUCACGCUAGACUCUAGCGAUGGAAAAAGGGUUUCGUUCCCGAAUUUAAUAUUCGGAUGUGGAUUUAAAAACGGCGGGAUAUUCGACGGGGGCGAAUCGGGAAUCGUCGGGCUCGGAGGCGAGACGGCUUCGCUCGUUAAGCAAUUAGGUGAAGGGAUGUUCUCUUACUGCUUGAUCCCGUUAUCGGACAAUAAAUCGAGCUCGAGUAAGUUGAAUUUCGGCGACAGCGCUAGGGUUUCGGGUGAGGGGGUGGUGACCACCCCCUUGGUCAAGAAAGAACCGGACACUUACUACUAUUUGACUUUGGAAGGAAUCAGUAUCGGGAGUCAACGCCUCGGAUUCCGUGACCACAACAAAUCGGAUUCCAAGGGCAACGGUAUAGAUGGAAACGUGAUCAUUGAAUAG